UUGUAUGAAAUAAACUUUAACUUAUUACAGAUAUAAUAACUUACAAAUAACAUUAUAAUGAACAGAGCCUCGUUUUAGAAAUGACAAUAAAAAACGAUUAAGUAUGAGUGCAUCAUGCAAGUUUUUGAUAAUACUUAAGUGUCUCGUGAUGAUAAUUAGCAAUUGCUCUGCACAAGAGGGCACGUGCACUAAGGUAUCGAGCUGUAAAUGUACGUACCAAGAUGGCGCUAUAGUUGAUCUGACCCCUCUAGCCAAUACGGACGGAAGUGCAAGAUACUCAGAUAAAGCCGGAAGUGUUGCCACAACUUUAUACUCAUGGAACCCAUGUAACAGUUUUACAGAAGGCACGUGCCAAGAUGUUGCGGUAUGUCAAUUACAAGAAGAUUUACCACCUGUAAUAUACGAAAGCCUAGGGAGCCAGGAUUCAGCAAAGUUCACUACUGAUGACCAAGGGCAAUUAGCUAUACAAUACAGUGCUGAGAAGCAGGGCGUGCUCAUAACAACGUUAAUAAGCUUACUGUGUGAUUCAAAUUCUGCCGAUACGUUAACAGUUACGGAUGAAAGAAAACAAGAAGCCAAAUAUUUUCUGGAAUUAAGCAGUCCCCAUUGCUGUCCAUCUGGUAUUCCACACGAUCAUCUCUCCGUCGGAACAUAUAUAACUAUAAUAUUCCUGUCGUUUGCAUCUCUGUUCUUUGUCAUUGGAAUAUCUAUACAAAAAUGUGUUAGGAAGAAAACCGGUAAAGACGUUAUCCCAUUUGUAGAGUUUUGGAUCCAACUGCCGGGCCUGGUAAAGGCGGGCGUUUUACUCAUCUUGUGUCGGAGUAAACAAGUAUCAUACGAGACUUAUUAGCAUUAUCUCAAAGCAACUGCACCUGAAAAUGGUCAACACAGUUUAUCCUUAACCACGCGGACUAUAUCACAAUACUUUUAAUGGUUUCUUGAAAAAAAAAAACAAUAACAAUACAACAGAUGGUCCAAAGCUUUCUUAAUUUAUAACUUUAACAAUAAAGUGUUUAACUUUUUUCCAAGGAAAUAUUUUAUGUAUGGGUU